AUGUCGUUCGGAGGCCAAACGCCCACGAUUAUCGUCCUCAAGGAAGGAACCGAUACCUCUCAGGGCAAGGGACAGAUUGUCUCCAACAUCAAUGCCUGUCUCGCCGUCCAGGCCACCAUCAAAUCCACUCUUGGUCCUUACGGCGGUGACCUUUUGAUGGUUGAUGAGAAUGGACGACAGACUAUCACCAACGAUGGUGCCACCGUCAUGAAGCUCCUCGACAUUGUUCAUCCUGCUGCCAGAAUCCUCGUCGAUAUCGCUCGAUCGCAAGACGCCGAGGUCGGUGACGGUACUACAUCGGUCGUUGUUCUCGCCGGUGAGAUCCUGAAGGAGGUUAAGGAGCACGUCGAGCAGGGUGUGAGCUCUCAGGUCAUCAUCAAGGGUCUGCGGAGGGCAUCCCAGAUGGCCGUCAACAAGAUUAAGGAGAUCGCCGUUAGCACUGAUGAGGGCAACCGCCGCGAUACUCUCAUCAAGUUGGCUUCUACCGCCAUGACCAGCAAACUGAUUAAGCGCAAUACUACUUUCUUCACCAAGAUGGUUGUCGAUGCCGUUUUGUCACUCGACCAGGACGACCUUAACGAGAAGCUUAUCGGCAUGAAGAAGAUUCCCGGUGGUUCGCUUACCGAAACCCAAUUCGUUAACGGUGUUGCUUUCAAGAAGACCUUCUCUUACGCCGGUUUCGAGCAACAACCAAAAUCCUUCGAGCAACCCAAGAUUGUGUGCUUGAACGUCGAGCUAGAGCUCAAGGCUGAGAAGGAUAACGCCGAGGUCCGUGUCGAGCAGGUCUCCGAGUACCAGGCUAUCGUCGAUGCCGAAUGGCAAAUCAUCUACAAGAAGCUUGAGGCAGUCUACAAGACUGGUGCCAAGGUUGUGCUCAGCAAGUUGCCUAUUGGUGACUUGGCUACCCAGUUUUUUGCCGACCGCGACGUCUUCUGUGCUGGUCGUGUUGCCGGUGAUGAUAUGGAACGUGUCGUGCAGGCUACUGGUGCUGUUAUCCAGUCAACAUGCUCCGACAUUUUGCCUGAGCACCUGGGUACCUGCGGCAAAUUUGAGGAGCGCCAGAUCGGUGGCGAGCGAUUCAACUUCUUCGAGGACUGCCCCGAGGCUAAGACAUGCACACUUGUCCUGCGAGGCGGUGCUGAGCAGUUCAUUGCUGAGGUCGAGCGAUCUCUACACGACGCUAUCAUGAUUGUUAAGCGAGCUAUCCGAAACCACCUUAUUGUCGGUGGAGGAGGUGCUGUUGAGAUGGAGGUUUCAGCCUACCUCCACCAAUAUGCCGACAAGAACAUUACCACAAAGCAACAAGCUGUUAUCAAGUCUUUCGCCAAGGCUCUUGAGAUCAUCCCCCGCCAGCUUUGCGACAACGCCGGUUUUGAUGCUACAGAUAUCCUCAACAAGCUCCGUGUUGAGCACCGCAAGGGCCAGACAUGGGCUGGUGUUGACUUCCAGAACGAGGGUGUUACCGAUAUGAUGGAGCGUUUCGUCUGGGAGCCUGCUCUUGUCAAGAUCAACGCUAUUCAGGCCGCUACCGAGGCCAGUUGCCUCAUCCUUGGUGUUGAUGAGACCAUCCGCAACGAGGAGAGCGCUAAGCCCCAGGCCCCUGGUCAGCUACCACCAGGUGCUGCCCAGCGUGCUGUGCGAGGCCGUGGACGUGGCAUGCCCCGAAGGUAA